CUACGAUUAGGGCCCAUGAGCUGGUGCAUUACUACGUUCUAGAAUAAGGGCGAAGGAAGAAAGUUCGGCCUGCCGUGGUCCGAGUCACGGCAUCAAUUCCAAAAACUCUUGGCAAAGCAAGCAAUGAACCUUUUCUAGAAUAUAAGGUUGGGGACAGAGAAAUGGCAGCUUCGUCAUCUCUCCUCCGUUCCACGCCGCUGCUCUCUUCUUCCUUCAUCCGACGACGCUUGCCCCUUGUCGGGGCAUUUUGCAUGCUAAGCUUGGGGCUUUCCAAUCUCUGCCCGACUCUCUCGUCUUCCUUGAAAACGGGUUCUGCUCAGUCUCUCCACUUCCUCCCCAUCUUGCGGGCAAAAUUCAGUACGGAAGCGAAAUCCAGCACCGUGAGGAUGGAAACCGGCGGCAACACUGUUCCCAGCAUCGUCGUUUAUGUUACCGUUCCCAAUAGAGACGCUGGAAAGAAGCUGGCUCACAGCAUUGUCAAAGAGAGACUUGCAGCCUGCGUAAAUAUAGUUCCAGGCGUUGAAUCAGUUUACGAGUGGAAGGGAGAGAUCCAGGCAGACUCUGAAGAACUACUCAUAAUCAAGACCCGUCAGUCCUUGCUGGAAGCACUCACGGAACAUGUCAAAGCAAACCAUGAAUAUGAUACACCGGAAGUUAUCUCGUUGCCAAUAACCGGUGGCAGCAUUCCGUACCUAGAAUGGCUGAAGAACAGCACCAGGGACUAACCAGCACGCAAGAAGCUUGGAUGCUAGACCACUGAGUCUGUAAUGCAGGGUCUGUAUUUGGGGAGGAGUAAGGCAUAUACGAAAUAGGAUAAGAUCAUGAGUUUCCAGCUAUGAAAGGAAGGUGGCUAAUCCUUAUAGACACGUUCGAUGAGUGUAUACAAUGUUUGUUUUAGCUUGCUGUUUAUCCUCUCGGAAUAAAGAGAUCAUGGCUUCCUUAAUCUCGCGUUUUCUUAUUAGUUGGUUUCCAGAUGAUAAUGUCUCUUUGUUUCUUGCUCUUGAACCAAGUAGUUCGAGGAUGCCCUCCCAUUCCGCAUCCUCGAACUCCAUAAACGGAGCAGAAGAAUUCACCAACCGGCAACCACCAUCCCUUUCCCCAAACUCCAUAGCCGCCGCCGGCAAUCAACCAAUCCACAAUCAACCCGACCAAUCAACCAAUUCAUUUCCAUUUCCCUUUGUGUUCGUCUCCAUCAAAUCCUUUCAUGAAACAAAAUUAAAAAAAGAAAGGGGAAAAAGGAAGCAGAAGGAGAUGCAGAGAGCGAGCGAGCUCCCGCUGGAUGCCGCCUGCCAUAUUUUCUGGGCUAACGACACAGACGGGUUGAAUUCCCGUUUGAAAUGAGGCUAGUACGGGUGCGAGAGGUGGAAGGAACGCGUGCUAUGCCGUGUGUACUGCUCGCCGGACGGGUCGUAAUCCCGUCGCCGGCGAUGGCGAGACAGGUCGUUGCCCCGUCCCAACCUCGCCGAAGACGGAUUUUCAACCCCUCCGACGAAUGAACCCAGAAUCUGACAGGACAGCAACACUUAUUUUCUUCCUUCUUCUGAGGACGAUUGGGCGAUGGGAUUUCUUCAUCGUCUUCAUCCUUCUUCCUCCUCAAGGUUGGCAUAAUCCAAUAGUAGCGGCAAAGGUUGAAUUGCAAAGGAAAGUGGGGAAGAAUCGAUCGAUUGAAUGAGAAGGGUAAAAGUGUAUUUUUAAUAGGUUUUAGGGCGAUCUUUUAAAAAUUCUAGGGCGUCAAAUAGUAAUUCUCGAAUGUCUUUUUAGGUCUCUACGUGGGAAUCUUUCAUGAUGUUUUCGAUCAAGACGUCAUCCACCUAGCCUUCGACGUUUUGAUUUAACUCGUUCUGUGAGACUUUGUCAAUCAUUCUAUGAAAGGUUUCCCCACGUUCUUGAGGCAAAGCGGGUAAAACGCAGUGUUGACGGUAGGGCGGGGAAUCUUGACCAAAUCAUAUGACAAACCGCAGUUUAGAUUGUACUGUACGGUUUGGUUCGGACAGAAAGACCAUGAAUAAAAUUUGGUAUGGUCCAUUGUCUGCCUCUUUGAUUUGCGAUAUGGGACAAUUUGGUUUGGUCUAGACCGUGGUUAACCAUCAAGACCGUGAGCCCAAUCACUACUAGUAUACUAAUAUGGGGUUGUGGGUUUGCGACAGAAACCCACUCCCAGCCCCUAGCUCUGUCCCACCCAAGGCCCAAUUUCCCCUAAUGAUCCUAAUCCUAUGCGCUUCCAUCCACUGGCCAAAUUGUGAGAGCCGAAGGAAAAACCUAACUCCCCCUCGCCUCGAGCCCUCGGCGGUCGACGCCUCCCAAGUCCCAACCUCUGUCCGCGCCGUGAACUGCCCAAUUAGCAGGCGGCAACCUCUAGAAACAGCCUUCCCAGAAUCACAACGGUCGAUGAGCUGCCUCUCCCUCUAGUCUGAUCAACCGAAACAAUAUGAAUAAUUUAUGGAUGUUAUU